CAAGUGAACUGAACUGAUUCCGCUAGGGCUUUCUCUCAUCGGGUUUUCUCUUUGGGGAUCGUAAUAAUUUUUGCAAAUUUGAUCCUUCUUUCCAUUUUCGGAUUUGCAUUUCGCCUGAGUUUACUGUCGAUCUGAAUCUGAGAAUUUUGAUCGGAAUUUAUUCUGCCGAAGACAACAGAUGGAGAUUGUUCUUGAACAAAAGGACGCAGUUGAUUGGUCUUACAAAGGCGAGGGAGCUGUUAAUCUCGUUCUCGCGUACACUGGAUCAUCUCCUGCUUUCUUAGGAAAAGUUAUGCGGAUACAGAAGAUGCCUAAGGAUGGGAAUGAGAAUUCAAAUGACAACAAUGAUACGGGCCUAACAAGUCAUGAAAAGCUCGUCUGGAGAGAGGUUGAGGAACUUGUAUCGUGUCAAGACAAGGAAGUUGCCGAGCAUAUGUACGUCAAACUUGUGAUGAGCCCUUUGUUGGGUCCUAAACAUGUGGAUGCCGGGACUCGUCUUCUUGUAGCCAGGGAAUUUCUUGAAUCUGUUGAGGAAAAUGUGGUAUCUCAGCGUCCUUCUUGGCGUGUUGAUGCUGCCAAGGUGGAUACACUGCGCAGUUCCGUGCUUCUGAUGGAUGAUCAUACACUUUUCACCUGUGGUUCUAUUAAGGACGAAACAUGCAUCAGUGUUGAAAUAAAGCCCAAAUGUGGAUUUCUCCCAGAUUCGAGUUACAUAACUGAAGAAAAUGCCAUUAAGAAGACUAGAACUCGUUUUGAAAUGCACCAAGUUCUAAAGCGGCAGGGUAAUGAGAUCUCAGAGAUAAGUCAAUAUGAUCCCUUGGACCUUUUCUCUGGAACCAAAGAUAGAAUACACAAAGCGAUAAGAGCUCUGUCUGGCACUCCUCAAAACAAUUUCCGCGUCUUCUUGAACGGGUCUCUGGUUUUUGGGAACUUCGAUGGUGGCAUAGGCAAAACAACUGUCAAGGUUGAACAUGCUUUUGAACUUCUACUCAAGGGCAUCAUCUCAGCUGGUGAUGGCUUAUGUGCAGAUAAUUUCAUACAGCUCGUUACAGACACAAUUUACACAUCUGGGGUUCUAGAUCAACUUCUUGGCGCUCAAAAGCUUGAUAAAUUUGAUAUUGAGGGGGUGAUUCAUGCCUACUACGACAUAACUGGCCAGGCAUGUACAGUAUGCAGAGGAUCGGACGAGAGUAAAAUAUCCAGUCAGUAUAGUUCCAUGCAUUCAGUUCCACUGGACGAAAGCUUGAAUAUUGUGAAAAAUUAUCUAAUAGCUGCAACUGCAAAGGACUGUAGUUUGAUGAUUAGUUUUAGGCCAACAGAUGCCGAGCACUUAGGAUCUUCCCACAGCACUCUGUAUCUAGAAUCAACAAAUCAAGCAUUUGAUUACAAGGUACAUUUCAUUGACCUUGAUUUGAAACCCUUAAAGAAAAUUGAAGACUACUACGAAUUAGACAAGAAGAUUGUGGCCAGAUACUUGGAGAUUAUGAAGAUCAGGCAUGAACAUGGAGGAGAUCUCAGCCUCGAUUUUUGCAGAACUAAACGCUGAGAUGCAUAUUUCUCAUCUCACACAAAAUGCUUAUUCAACCAUUGGUGGCUUCUGCUGUUAUGAUUUGUCCAUUGGAAUGGUCAUAUUUUUGCUCGAACAUAUCGAGAUUAUGAAUGUGGGAAAAGAUUGGUCCAGAUCCUGGUGGUUACUAGGAGCAUGGUUUCUGCGGCUUCAGCUACAUCAGUUUGUGUUUUUCUGCAUAUAUUUAAAGGCCUAAGCUGAUGAAGACAGUCCAGAAGAGCCACUGAGUUUGUGAGCACAAAGCCUGCGAGCCGAGGAGGAGGACGAGGAGACUGGAGAGAAGAAAGGCUCGCCCGACCCGACGUCUCUUGAAAUUUACGAGUAUAGUUUCCGUUCUGUGUGUCAACGUUUUGGUUCUGGUAACAACCAUCGUUUUAUACGAUCCUCCUAACAGCAUCUUACUGUUUUAUUUACGAGCCUCCAGAUCGAAAUCAGGCUGACUCGAAUCAGAUCAUCACGAA